GUUGCAUUCACGCAGCGCAAAAACGACAGAGUCUUGGUUAUAUCCUCCACCGUGGGAUGUACCUGGAAUAAAAAAAAAUUACAGAAAAAAGCCAAUUCAAUUGGAUCGCGCGGUUUCGUGCGUCAUUCGGAAUGGCCAGGGAUUAAAUGCACACCCGAUAAGGGAAGGGCCCGUGAUUCCAGCCGGACAAAGGCACACACGCGUGAAGAAGAUUAACAGAUACGAGUGGAACUGAGCACAUAGGAAUUGCGAGUCUACAAUAAGGCUUUGCCCAAUCGGCCGUCAAUUGCAACCGGACCACGCUGGACCAGUGUCUGGAAGCCAUCGAACCUCUGCUGAACAGCCCAGCCAUGGCCAAAGGAAUUCCAUCGACCAAAGAGGCUGUCCAAGCUCGUUGCGCGGUCUUCAAAGUGGGCAUGUCGUGCAUCGACGAGUUCAAAGAUAAAUGUCUAAAUCAACGCCAAAAGCUGCAGAUGGAACGGGCAGUGGCUGGAGCUCAACACACGUUCGCUUUCCUGUGCGACGAUCCCGUUUUCCAGUCGGAAUUUCUGCAACAUCAGAGCUGUCUCCAUGGCACGUCCGACGAUUGGGAACGCUGCGCUUAUCAUUUCCAGGGUAUGGUCGCAGAAGAAAUAGCAGCCAACGUCACGAAAGCCGAUCGAAAUCUUGGCCUUUGUUGUGCUAAACACGGUUUCCUGAGGUGCGUCUAUUACGCGGCCCAGUUCAAGUGCCGUAAAGACGCCGCGUUGUUCUUGAUGAGGGUUGCGCAAACGUUGACCGAGUCGCAAGUGCACGAGAACGCUUGUAAAAAGAUCAAAUUCGAUGAGGUCUGCGCAUCAGAGUCCACCGUCCUGACAACCUCUUCGUUCCUGAUGACUCUGGUCGUCAUGGCAACGUGGCUGUCCAUCUUCGUCGCGCCACGAUAAAAAAAAUAUUUUCAAUUUAUUAAAGGGGGGAGUAGGAUCUUUUGAAAGAGAAAAAAUUUUGUUUUGACGAUGUCCAUAUUUAUUUGUAUACCAAUUUUCAAU